GAGUUACACCUCAAGCUCACCUGUCAGCUCUGUUGCAGGAAGCCGCCUUGCCUCGGGACAGACGCAUGUAAGAGCUGGGAGCCGCUGCAGGGGUUAGACGGUGUCAUGUGAUUAUAUUAACAUACGCGUUUGUUUGUUUGCUUACGGUUGUUCGCAGUCAUCGGUGCAUUCACUCGAGCACUUAUUUAUCACAGUCGUUUGUAACUGGCAUUUGGUCAAGUUAUUGUGUAAAUAAAAGGAAGACGACGAUUGAAGAAGGCGGUUCCAGCGGGCAAGACGCAGGUACCGGCCAGCAAAGGAGUUUUUGUCCGGUGCGGACCGCAUAGCGAUGUCUGUAAUGACAACGAAACCGACGACAUAAAAGCAUGUGACUUUCGAAAAAAGUUACGGACCAGCGGGAAGAAUGCCGGCGAAAAAGAAGCCAAAAACAACGACGGUGGCAGCAUAAUGAAGGCGGACGAAAAUGAUGGGGAAAUUAAGUUUGAGAAGCCUCCAUUCAGCUACAACGCACUGAUAAUGAUGGCGAUACGCCAAAGUCCAGAUCGGCGCCUAACCCUGAACGGCAUCUACGAAUUCAUCAUGGGCAACUUCCCAUAUUACCGCGACAAUAAACAAGGCUGGCAGAACUCGAUCCGUCACAACUUGAGCCUAAAUAAAUGCUUCGUAAAAGUGCCUCGACACUAUGACGACCCGGGCAAAGGGAAUUACUGGAUGCUGGACCCCUCGAGCGACGACGUUUUUAUUGGCGGUGCAACUGGUAAGCUCAGGCGGCGCUCCAACGCCGCUUCACGGGCAAAACUAGCCUUUAAAAGGGGCUCUCGCUUAGCCACCACUAAUCCAGCCGGAUUUGCAAUCACUGGGUCUUUUUAUUGGCCUGGACCUCCUCUUAUAACUUUCCGACAGUCCGCACAACCACACUCGGGCUCAGCGCUCAGCUACGGCUCAUCAUACUUUGGUUCGCAUCCCGGAAACGCAUCUUCACACCACCUAUGCACUCCGACCGCCGGGGCUGAGCGACUGCUGCAUGCCCACCAGGAGAGCCCUCCUUUUGCUGCAAGGGGGUAUAAUUCCCGAUUCCACCACAUGGCUUCAGCUACAUCGUUCGCCUCCCCUGCUUUGCCAUGCUCCGUGUCUCUACACAGCCCCUGCUCAUUAAGUCUGUUCCCCGGCUCUGCGAGCUAUUUCUGCUCGCACCAGACCCAUACAGCACCGCUAUAUCCAGUUUCUCAAGGUGAGGCCUUGCAGGCCAAAACAUUUGCAGUCGGACAGUUUUUACCGAGUAGGAAUGGGUCACCGGAUUACUUCGGGAGUCUGUGUGCCGAGUUUCCAAAUUACUUAACUCAAAACUGCCCCACAGGCCCCCUUAACACCAUUUUCCCUUGAAAACUACGGAAAAGCUCCCCUGUAAUAACUGACUGUCGAGUUUGCUGCUAUUAUGUUUCACGCAUUUAUGCCCACGGGCUGUAGAAACGUGCUCAGCUGUCCUAACUUGACAACCUUUUCUUUUCUUUUUUCCACGACGAAUAUUAUUGUUUCAUUUAACAAAGUGUGCAUGGGUUUUAUUUUGGCACGUUCAGAUUAAACGUUUAAUAUCUUCAUCAUCAACAAUUUCAACAGCAUCUGCUUAUUAACAGUUCUACUAAUAAUUACAAUAUAACGACAAUAGAAAUAAAAAUAAAUGUACAUAUAUAAAUACACAUUUUAUAUAUAAAAUGUGGAAGCAGGGAUAUGUCUCGAUGUCGUUCUUUAAUAUCAUAAAGUUUAAGACAUUAAUACGCCCAAAAAUUAGGUUUGCAUCAGGCAUAAUAGACAUUGGUUAAAUUAAAAACAACCUUAAACAACUGGGAAAAUCCGAAGUUUAAAUAGGCUAAUGGUUGUAAUCUGUUUGUGCUGAGGAGAGUUGAACUUCGUCAUGAAAGCAAUUUCUCAUUUUUCUUUGAUUAAAAAGUUACCAUGCAUUUAUGAAUCAUUUUUCAAUUGCUCAUAAUUGGUUUAAUGAUAAUAACAAUUAUCACUUUUGAUAAUAAUUAUCUAAAAGCUAAAUUUUCAGGGGAAAUAUAGUGUAUGGCAUUUUAGGCCUGUUGUUUUAAGUCUUACCAACAUAAGCAAUUUAAAAACUGAUCUUUUAAAAUGUUGCAUGCGCUGCAGCAAAUAAGCUAUAAUUUUGAUCACCGGCAAAUGGUGCUGUUCGUAAUAUAUGUUCAUAUUAUCCAAGAUGAACGAUAACCGUUGUUUUGGUGUUUUAAUCGUAUUAAAAUUGUUUCAGAGUUGUUUCCGCUGUGGUCUGAAAUACAUGUAGCUCAUGUACUGCGUUUAAAAUACUUUGGGAAAAUUAGUCCGUUAAAACUUACAUUUAGUUUUACA